GGUGCAGAGGGAGAUCCGAACGGCGGGGAGACUGGCGAUCUUUCCUGCAAGCGAAAAUGAAAGCAGCCCUCGAGGGUUCCAGUACUGGCGAUCCGAUUCAACCCGCUGGCUGCGAAGCAUUUUAGCAACGGGAGGGAGACGCCCAUUCCCUUUUCCUGCACUGUGUGCUGCCACAGGCCUACAAAGCACAGAGCUGGACUGAUGAACGGAACUCUCAUCGCAGGCACACCCAUUGCGGUGGAUUUUUGGAAUAUCAGAAAAGCUGGGAGGGCUCGUUUGUUCUUUCUUUCUCACAUGCACAGUGACCACACAGCAGGGCUUUCCAGCACCUGGAACCGACCUAUUUAUUGCUCUCCGGUUACUGGUCGAAUUCUGCAUCUUAGACUGAAGGUGGCUGAAAAAUGGAUCCGCCCUCUGGAAGUUGGAGAUAGCCAUGUCCUGGCCUUAGAUGAGAUGCAGAGGGAGACCGUGACUGUGACCCUGAUAGAUGCUAACCACUGUCCUGGAUCUGUCAUGUUCCUUUUUGAAGGUUACUUUGGUGUUAUCCUCUACACAGGUGAUUUCCGCUACACUCCCAGCAUGCAACAGGAACCAGCUCUGAAGAACUCAAAGCUUAUCAGCAGCCUCUACCUGGACAAUACCAACUGCCACCCCGAUAUUGUCAUACCAUCCCGGCAAAAGGCCACUGAACAGAUCAAAGAGGUGAUCAGAGCCCACCCCCAUCACCAGGUUAAGAUUGGUACUUAUAGUUUAGGGAAAGAGUCGCUAUUGGUGGAACUGGCCAAGGAAUUUGGCACCUGGAUUGUGGUAAGUCCCCAGAAACUGGAACUUAUGAAACUGCUGGAGAUGGAGGAUGUGUUCACCUCUGAGGAAGGAACGGGUAGGAUUCAUGCUGUGGAUUUUUCAGAAAUCCGCCAAGCAAAUAUGAAUUACUGGAACCAGAGCCAUCCGACCAUAGCUGUUCUCCCUACCAGCCGGCCGCUGAAGUUCCAGCACCCUGACAUCCACGUUGUUCCCUACUCAGACCAUUCAUCUUUCCAAGAGUUGCUGGAAUUUGUAGCUUGGCUAAAGCCCUGCUCUAUAAUCCCGGUGGUAAAGAAAGAAGAAUGCCAGGUGUAUUUCCAACAAUACUUGACAGCUAAAAACUGCACACCACUGGAGUCCAAAGUCCCCGAAUCAGUGAAAAUAUUCAUGCAGCAAGGAAACAGUAAGUGGGAAAGGCCCUCAAAACAGCUGAAACUGAGUAUCUCUCACCAUGUACCCAGAGGGGUUUGGUUUGACGCCCCAGAAAUAUGUAGCAGUGAGAGUGAAAAUGGCUGUGAUGCAGAGGUUUCCCAGCAAAGCUGCCCAGAGCCCAUGGAGAAAGCUGUGCCUUGCUCUCAAUCUGACUGUGUUGAGGAGGAGCAAAAAGACAUAACAGCAAAACAAGAAAACUUUGAGAGCCAGAGAGCAAUAACGGCUGAAUCUACGACAUCCUCCAAACAUCAGCUGAAGGGCAGUGGUGUCAAUCAGUGUCAAAAAUGCCAGGCAACUGUGACAUUGAAACACACAAAUACACUGUCCUGGUUUGAAAGGGAUGCAGAUGCAGAAGGAAUGCUUUGUUCCUCUGUAGGCAGUGAAUGUAUGGGGAAUGUGGCCUUGGAGAACCACGCACCCUCAACAUCGCAUGCUGUUCGGAUUGAUACAUAUGAUCCGUUCGCCUCUCCAGCAGAUGUAACAUUCCAGCCUGUCGAUGAACAGGCUUCCCAAAGUCUCCUUCAGGAAUAUGACUUAACUCCGCUCAACAUCCCAAAGCAACUUUCUCUCCAAGACUUUGACUGGCAAGUAGAUAACUACUUGGAAAAAAGCAAAAGACACAAAAUCAUGGAAUAAUGAGGAAGGGAAAUCUGCAAUUGGGAUAGCAGAGCUAGCAGCAGCCAGUGCAAGGACACCUGCUAAUGCAAAAGGGCUUAUCUCAGUUUCACCCCCUCCCCAAAUUGACUCUGGGAUGUGAGGAGAACCCCCAUAACAGUUUGUGGGGCAGGGGAGGAGCAGAAAUGCUUGCAGUGAUGGGAGCGAUCUCCUUAACACUACUUUGAAUUCCACCCACUGUUGUUUUCUAGUAAAGUUUAUUUUCUUCUGAAUUUUUUUAAAAAGAACUGUGCAAAACACUAGUAAUGUAUGGCUGGUAUAUAAAUUUCCAGGUAGGCCACUUGUUUCCUCCUCAACACUGCUGGGGAAAGUGGUGCUCGUACCUUAUACAAAAGGUUUUAUUGCCCAUAAGAGACGCUGGUAAAAUCAGUGUUAAACUUCUGCAUCCACGUUUGAGGCUUUGCUUGUUAUUUCUUGGGGGUUAUCAACAUAAUGAUCGAAGCCAGUGUGCGCUCUAUCUUUAAAGGUAAAGGUAAUCAAACACCUAGCAGGUCCAGCAUCUAGUUCUCACAGUGGCCAACCAGAUUCCUGGUAAUCAGAGGCUUAAGAUAAAGGUAAAGGGACCCCUGACCAUUAGGUCCAGUCGCAGACGACUCUGGGGUUGUGGCGCUCAUCUCGCUCUAUAGGCCGAGGGAGCCAGCGUACAGCUUCUGGGUCAUGUGGCCAGCAUGACUAAGCCGCUUCUGGCAAACCAGAGCAGCGCACAGAAACGCCAUUUAUCUUCCCACCGGAGCAGUACCUAUUUAUCUACUUGCACUUUGACGUGCUUUCAAACUGCUAGGUUCGCAGGAGCUGGGACCAAACAAUGGGAGCUCACCCCGUCGCGGGGUUUCGAACCGCCGACCUUCUGAUUGGCAAGUCCUAGGCUCUGUGGUUUAACCCACGCUCUAUGGUGGGUGUUGGGGGGGAGUAACCUGUUGGGUUUUACCAACAAACCAUGGGUUUUUGCAAGGGUCAGGAAGGGAAAGAUACAUACCAGUGUUAGCAAGGGGAGAGCAUUUCCCUAGCAUUCCUUCUGAUGGUAAAUAAAGCUGGUGAGUACCACCAGAAUCUGGGGGGACGGGGACACUUACUGUGCCUGAGCCAUGUGUCUCUCCUAGGAGUGAUGUGGUGGCUCGGGCACCUGCAUGCUCUACAGCCAAGGGGGAGGCGGCAGGUGGACUCCCUGCAGGUUCCAUGUUGCUCGAAAAAGCAACACAGGCCUGCAGGUCACUAGAGUGGAACGGGGCCUGGGCACUGGAAUUCUGGCAUGCCCUGCCCCAUCUCGUGAGUGCCCUGCCCUGGGCACUCAAGCGGCUAACUAGGCUGCUGACCAGAAUUAUAGUCAAAAUGGAUGUGAAAGGGAAUAUUUGGGGAAACUCCCAAGGUUUACAGAAGUACAAAAAUUAUUUUUUGGGGGGGGACCGGGACCUAACAGGACACCCCCCUCUAAAAACACCUCCAGUUCAUUAGAGGACUGAGCAUACUCAAAUCACAACAGAA